AUCGGUCGCAUUUGAUAAACGCUUAGAGCUUGUUAUCCUUUCAGAACAAAGUUGUUCGUAGAUCUAUAUUUCAGCCAUGAUUCGAAUUGUAGUACUUUGUGUGAUAGCUGUUUGUUACGCUGGCGCAACAACAACAACGCAAAUUCCCAAGACGACCCACCCCCACGUGACGCACGAGCCCUCCGAACACGAGAACUUCAAGUUUUUCUAUGAACCACACACGCACCAGCUGGUUGUAUUAUCUGGCCCAGAUUGCUACGUGUUUCCCUUGUCUGACACCGAAAGAACAUCCGUCCAUACUGAUACAGGUUUUCGAGCUCUUGAGCUGAAGUCACUGGCCCUGCUCAACACUGGAACAAAGACGCCAACAACCAAGGAUCAGCUGGAUAACCGUGUCGCGCGUGUGUGUGGAAACCAUGCCACAUCCAUCUACAUGGUCUCUUAACGAAACUCGAUGAAACUGUAUGAAUUCGUUUAAAUAAAAAUAUAUUUUGAAA